GAAAUCAGUUGUGCUGCUUAGUAUUUUUGGUGGAAAGUGUGAUACAUUUUUAUAUAAAGUUCAAAACAGCUUUACAGUAUUUGAAACGGAAAUCUUAUGUAACAAUGCAAGUAAGUCUUUACUGUCACAAAAAUGUCCCCAAACUUUUGAACAGUAGUGUAUGUAACAUAAUAUGCUUGUUGAGUACAAGCUUCCUACAUAUCAGUUCUCUUUGCCUAUUCUAAAAAUGGUCCGCCCCAUCCCUUGCCCAGAAACCUAAGCAGAGGACUGUCUUUUUAUAGCUUCGGUAGGUUCUAACGGCAUUGGGCUUCUUCACAUUCACUACACAAAAAGCCAAGGGAACCUCUGCGCCCAGUGUCAUGGCAGGAGAGGGGAUCACCAUUUCCCACUGGAUAUCAAGCCCUGUGCGCUACCAGGAGCACUUCAAAACCAGGAAUCUCAAUGAAUGCACUGAAGAUCAUCGACUAUUUGCCCUGCCGGGACCUGCAUGUCUGCCGGUUAAAAUGGACACUGAGGGGAGUCAAGCGGACAGUGAGGACGAAGAUUCAGGAGAGCCAUUGUUUCAAGUCCUGCUGGACGUGACUCAGUUUAAACCAGAAGACAUACUCAUACAGGUCUUUCAGGGGUGGCUGCUAAUCAGAGGUCGGCAUGGGGUGAGGAUGGACGAGCAUGGGUUUGUGUCGAGGAGUUUCACUAGACAGUAUCAGCUGCCUGACGGUCAGCUCCAGGCGGGGGACCUCAAAGCCAUGCUGUGUCAUGACGGGAUACUAGUGGUGGAGACCAAGGACCGAUGGUGGCCAGCGUGUGAUUAGGAAAAUGCAAUGACUUAACAUCAUUCAUCAUGACAUGAUCAAACGUGGGCUGUGUUAGUAGAACAUUUUUGUUGUUUUAAAUCAGUUACAUCAUAAAGCAAUCGCAUAAUUUGCUGUUAUAUGACAGUGUAGCUUUGUUCUGCAUGUCCGCAGACAUUUAACAACAUUCAUUCAGCUUGAUUGCCUGCCUAAUUCUUAGUUGCUUACCAGCAAAAAUGUCAUUUUCUAAUAAAUGAAACGAGCCUCUCA